AAUCUUGGUCUGGAUUUGUACUUUAUGGACCUGAAACCUCCGCCUCUGCUUUCCAUACAUGUUUACAUGUGUCUUUCUUUACGUUUACUGUUAGUUGUGAUGCUGGUUAAGAAUCUAAUGGAAAAAGUACAAAGGACAUUUUUUGAACAUCUCUGCCUCCUGUGUUUUCACUGGUUAAUACAAAAACACAUUGGUACCAUGUGCAGACUUAUAUAGAUCUUUUCUCCUCCUACUGAAAGGCCAGCCCCUAGAAGGUGUGAUCUUCUCAUCCUUCAAACCUAAAUAUGCUUGUCAAAGACAGAAUAUCACAGCUUAGCUAUGGCUCUAGUGCAGGAACUUGUACAAACCCCAAGUGUUUUCACUCUUGUUGCUGCCCUGCUGGUUCUUCUUGUCUUCUGUCUUCUCUCCACCAAUCACAAGGGAAAGGAGCCCCCAGGACCCAGACCUUUGCCUCUCCUAGGAAACCUGCUGCAGCUGGACCUCAAGAGACCCCAUCUCUCACUCGCAAAGCUAUAUAAACAAUAUGGAUCUGUGUUCACCGUGUACUUCGGCCCCAAGAAAGUGGUGGUGCUCGCGGGCUACAGGACAGUGAGAGAGGCCCUGGUUAACCAUGCAGUGGAGUUUGGAGACCGGGAUAUGCAGCCAGUAUUUCAUGAUUUCUCCCAUGAACAUGGAGUCCUAUUCGCCAAUGGAGACUCAUGGAAGGAGAUGAGGCGCUUUGCUCUGUCUACCCUUCGAGACUUUGGGAUGGGAAAACGAGGGAUUGAAGAGAAAAUUAUUGAGGAGAUCCACUACGUGACAGAGGUGUUUGCAGACUUUACAGGCAAACCAUUUGACACCACUGAAGCACUGAAUCACUCAGUCUCCAACAUCAUUUCUUCCAUCGUCUACGGCAACAGGUUUGAAUAUGACGACCCAGAGUUCCAGAAGAUGGUCUAUCUGGCAAAGCAACGUAUCAAGCUCACCGGAUCACCUGGCAUUAAUCUGUACAACAUGUUUCCAAGGUUGCGCCCUUGGCUGAAGGUAUGGACCACCCUGAUGAACACUAUUGAGGUCAGCUUGGAGCAGGAGCGAGAACUUAUUAGAAAACUUCAGGAAACUCUGAAUGCUGAGGACAAGAGAGGCUUUAUAGAUGCCUUCCUUCUCCGACAGCAGGAAGUCAAGGUACCUCAGUCUUUGCACAUGUCAUACAUGGCUUCCAUGGCUGAUAUGGUGCCUUUAUUUAACACGCAGACAGGCACACAAAUCCUUAAUACAGAGAUGCUGGUUAUUCCCCAUCCAUCGUUAGACCGUGUACAGGAGGAGCUGGACAGGGUCAUUGGGGGUCGGCAGACUCGAGUGGAGGACAGGAAGAACCUACCAUACACAGAUGCUGUGAUCCAUGAGAUACAGAGGAUGGGCAACAUAGUUCCUUUGAAUAUCCCACAUGUCACAACCUGUGAUGUGGUCUUCCAGGGAUACCACAUCAGGAAGGGAACUGCAAUCAUUCCAUUCUUGACAUCUGUCCUAAGAGAUGAGAGUGAAUGGGAGAGUCCUAAUACCUUCAACCCCAGUCACUUCCUGGAUGAUCAGGGUCUAUUCAAGAAGAGGGAUGCCUUCAUGCCCUUCUCUGCAGGACGUCGAACAUGCCUUGGAGAGAGUCUGGCCAGGAUGGAGAUCUUCCUCUUCUUCACCUCACUCCUGCAGAAGUUCAGGUUCACUCCUCCUCCUGGGGUGUCCGAAUCUGAUCUGGACCUCACUCCAGCUGUUGGUUUAGUCGUCAGCCCCCCCGCACAUAAACUGUGUGCUGUAAACCGGGCUUGAUGAUCCUGAACCCUGAUGGUUUUUAUGGAGAUGAACUGCAACAUAAUCAUACUCCAGAUGGCUAUAUCAGUCACCGCAGAUACAACAUAAAACUCAGCUAACAGAGAUGCCUACCUACCUGUCCAUCUGCCUACCUGUCUACUGACCCACCUGCAAGAAUAUGGAGUAAUAGAGAUGUAUGGGGCUAAUAUUCCACACUGGGAAUUAUGCAUAGUAUUAAAACUAUAAAGUUUGUAUUAUUUUAAAAAAAUAAUGUGUAAUGGAACCAAAACAACUGAAAAGCAUAAUAUGUUAAUAUUAUCUGGUUAAUGAACAUUUAAGUGUAUGGAGCAUUUUGUAUUAUAUGGAUUGUUAUCUGUAGCCGGUUUUCCCCAUAUAAUACGAUCUGUACUGGGAAGUCGCACUGACUGUUCUGGGGACCAGUAGCUUGCUGACUAUCUCCCUCCCUCCUGACUGGGUUGGGUGAGGGGGUCAAUUGAUGAUAGAAUAGCUGGGGGGGGGGUCAGGUACCAGCAAUCAAUUGGUGAAACUGAAGAAGUCUUAAACCUAUUCAUUCUCCCGUCCCUGUGCACCACCAGGGCCCUCUAGCUGACGUUCAUAGUACUGCAUGAUCCGGCAAGGGCCACACCUCAAGGCUAACUGUGCUUAACCAGCAAUAAAACUCUGUAGUCUCACACAAAGGCAGCUCAGGGGUAUAGGCAUGAAGACAAUGUGCACCAAUAUUCUAUUCUAUUCUAUUCUAUUCUAUUCUAUUCUAUUCCCUUUUAUAUAGCGCCUUUCACAACAAGGUGCUUCACAGGGCUGUGUUGUGAUACAUCACAUCAUUAACCAAUAACCUGGGGACCAUGUCUGAACAUUAAGAUGAAUGACCUAGCAUUAAGGCUUCAAGGAACCCAGCGGAGCUCAUUAAGAAAAACUUGAGUGUAACCAGAGCCUUCCCCCAGAAUUAAACAAAGGUAAGGUAUUUAUUUACAGUUUUAAAGACUGCGGCAACUGGAUAGGGCCAUGUGAAAAUUAAAUGUGACAAAGGGAUUGUGUCACUAAUCGCAACAAACUUAAAAACAAGUAUAAUGUAAGUCAGUAGCUUUGAAGAAAAAAAUUACAGUAAAAGAAUUCUGUAUAAGUAACACUUUUACAAAUCAGUUUGUGAUCUGUUACAUUUUGUGACUGUCAGGAUUUAAACCAGACGAUGUUUAGGGAUGCAGCACCCUAUGCAAAUGCCUUGUUUUUUCAACUUCUUUCAGUACAAUGUUCUGAAUCAGUGUCCUGAAAAGAACUUGAAACCCUCAAUAGAUAAGGAAAUGACACCCACAUUAGCACCUACUGUGGAUUUAAUCAUAAAUUUAAAUUUAAAACUCCCAUACCUGUAACUCAGACGCUUUCUGUCUCCCCAUUUUCUCCCAACUCCUAUUUUUUCUCGAACUUUUUCUCUAUUAAACCUACCUACAUGAAAUCCACCUUAAUCGUAUAGGCCAGUAUGUACCCAACCACCUUUUAGCUUCACCAUUUUAGCACACAAACUAAUAUUUACAGCAUUAAUGCCACCAUAAGGAACACAUAGUGUAUGAAGUAAAACUGCUAGCAAUGAGCUAAACACUACACAGUAUCUUACUUAGCCAUUGCAUAUAACUGUAAUAUUAAAUAAAAAUGCAUUUACCAGGGGUACUAUGCUAAUGUAGUACAACAGGCUCAAGAGUAAGCUGUUCCCAUCAGGUAAGGAGGAAUUGCAUCUCUGGUACUGAGUGUCUGUACAGAUCCUGGAGUGUGAGGAGUCUGGGAUGACUUUCCCUGCCUGAUUCCGGGCUCAGUUAAAGCACAUGUAGCCUAGGUCUGUAAAGUUACCAUAAGGCUUUGAAGCUAUUAUAGAGCGUAAUUUGUAAAGAGGGAGACAUGAACCUUACAAUAAGUGUGUGUAUACCAAAGUGGGCAGCUGUCUCUUUAAGACGUUCCUGAGUGCCGAAAGGUAGGGUGGGAGUUUUUUUUUCGGCGGGUUUUUCUAGACGGUGGAAGGCGGGUAAAGAGAGCGGAAAGAAGAGCGAACGGCAACUUAGAGAAAUAAACGUAUAUAUCUAUAUAUAUAUAUAUUUGUGUAGAUAUCAACGUUUAGAGCACUUCGUUUAUUUUUUUGGCCGAAGCAUAGAAUUGCAGCAAUUAGUGAAUAGAAAGAUUUUGGUUCAAGUUCUCUCUUUUGGAUAUCCUGGUAGGUCAAUUUACCUGUUUUGUUAAAUGUUAAGUAAAAUAUAGAUAAUAGCUAGGGAUCAUUAGUGUGAAGGAAAAACAGUCAGGAUAUGAAUGUGAACAUUUGUUGAUUGUGUGGUUGAUUAUUUUCUUUGCUAAUGUAUCAUUUUUUGUAGUUGUAUGUAAAAUGCUAAAGCUACCUAUAAGGCUACUUGUUAAUUGAUCGGAAUACGUUGACUGUGAUAUGGUGUUAUUCAGUUUAGCCACCCUGUUAGUACCAUUGCAGGUUGAAAUGUUUAUAAUAUGCAUAUAUAAAUAUAUACAUAUAUAUGUGUAUAUUAAUGUUAUUGAGGAAAUCUGUAUAGUAUGGCCUAAUGUGACUCUGAGAUUGCGCUGUAUGUUAAUGGAUGAUGGAAAAAAUAUAUAAUUUUGUGUGAUGUUUAAGUAAGA